CCAAUCAACAUUCGACAGCACACACCGGCACUUACACGACUCCGAGGUUGUGACUGCACAUAUCGGUCAACGUGGAAAAUGAAGGCCGUGGUAGCUGUACUAGCGUUUGUCAGUGCUACUUUAGCAAGUGAUGUAUUAGAGUUUACAGACUCAGACUUUGCAUCAAGAGUUGCUGGACAUGAUCUUAUUUUAAUUGAAUUUUUUGCACCUUGGUGUGGUCACUGUAAGAGACUAGCUCCAGAGUAUGAAAGAGCUGCAACAACCCUUAAAGACAACGAUCCACCUGUGCCUCUUGCAAAGGUUGAUUGUACAGCCAAUGAAGAAGUAUGUAAGAAAUAUGGAGUUAGUGGAUACCCUACACUAAAAAUCUUCAGGGCAGGAGAAUUUUCAGAAGAGUAUGGAGGACCAAGAGAAGCAGAUGGCAUUAUCAAAUACAUGCAGACGAGAGCUGGGCCAACAUCUAAAGAGCUUACUGAUAUUGCUACUGCUGAAAAAUUUCUGUCCAAGGGCGAAUAUGGAGUUAUAGGAUUCUUUGAAGAUGGAGAAAGUGAGUUGGCUAAGACAUUCCAAAAGACAGCUGAUGCAAUGAGCACAGAUUUACGCUUUGCCCAUACCACCAACAAAGAAGUUCUGGAUAAAUACGGAUACAAAAAUGAUAUUGUGUUGUUCCAACCAAAGAGACUCAAUAACAAGUUCGAGGAAUCUGUCAUGAAAUAUACUGAUGAUGCAGCAGUGCAUAAAAUCAAAGACUGGAUUAACAAUAACCUACUUGGACUGUGUGGACACAGGACUCAGGGCAAUGCAGAGAAAUUCAAGAAACCCCUGGUUGUAGCUUACUAUGAUGUAGAUUACGUGAAGAAUGAAAAGGGAACUAAUUACUGGAGAAACAGGGUGAUGAAAGUUGGCAAGAAGCUGAAAGACGAGGGAAAGAAAGUUAACUUUGCUGCAAGCAAUCACAAGGACUUCAGUUACGAGCUUGGAGAGUUUGGAAUGGGAGACGUUAGCGGUGACAAGCCUGUGGUAGCUGCCAGAGACGAGAGUGACAAGAAAUAUGUCAUGACAGAAGAGUUCUCAAUGGACAACCUUGAGAAGUUUGUUCGGGACUUUUUGGAUGGUAAAGUAGAACCUUACUUAAAGUCUGAAGCAGUGCCAGACAAUACAGAUGCAGCUGUAAAAACUGUAGUUGCCAAAAACUUUGAUGAGAUAGUGAAUGACCCUGAAAGGGAUGUUCUCAUUGAAUUUUAUGCCCCAUGGUGUGGACAUUGUAAACAGCUAGAACCUAAAUACACUGAACUAGGAGAAAAGUUAGCAGAUGAGCCUGGAAUAACCAUAGCUAAAAUGGAUGCUACUGCCAAUGAUGUAGCUAAGCCAUACGAAGUCUCAGGGUUUCCUACAAUCUAUUUUGCACCAAAAGGAUCCAAAAAUAAUCCUAGAAAAUAUUCAGGUGGAAGAGAAGUGGACGAUUUCCUUAAAUAUUUAGCUAAAGAGUCUACAGAUGAAUUGAAGGGAUAUAAACGUGACGGCAAAAAGAAGAAGAAGAAGAUAGAAUUAUAAGAGAGGGGAGAAUUGAGAGAUGUUGUGUCGAGUGUUUGAUCACAUAACGAGCAAAUGUGUUGAGAGAAUGGGUGUGUCUGUUGCUGCGUUAUGGAUAGUUUCAUUAUCAUGUAUAUCAGAAUCUUAGUGAAGGACAUUUUGGGGUUUUUGUUAGACACAGGUUAAUUAUUUUUCUUCCUUGAAAUUUUUCACUUAAAUUUGGUUUAAUUGUUAUGUAGGUCACAAAGCUUUAUAUGAAAUCAAAACUUAAAGUUCAUGAAUGUCAUAUUGAUGUUUGUGUGAAGGUAUUUGUUGAUUUGUAGAUUAUUUAUUUGACUACAAAGACCAAUUAUUAUGGCCACUAAUGAGUGAUUGUUGCAUCAUGUUACACAAUUCCAUGUUUAUACUACACAAUUCACAUAUUUGUACGUGUAUUUCAUGUAAAGCGGUGCCUAGUUUCCCAGUAAAAAGUGCUCCAAGGGUAACUCUUGCAUGCUAUUUGAUUUUGUGUCUAACCAAAUAAAUUUUAUUUGUUCUUGAACUUUUUCUUUAAAUUUAGAAUAUUUUUGUUUCAAAAUGUGGGAGACAACAAUGGGAAAUAAAGUUCUUUUUGUA